AUGACAGCGGAAAGCACACUUGAAAAGCCACAACUCGCUGACGAGUACAGAACACUUGAAGAGAAAAAAGCUUCUAGAAUGUCAUCGUUCAUUCAGAAUGUAUGCGAGGAACUGGAACUGUGCUACAGAGACAGCGAUUGCCACGGCGGUAGAUGUGUUGGCGCUUUUGUCGGCACCUGCAAUUGCAAUGCUUGCCUCGAUUUUUGGUUCGAACAUGUUACUCAGCAAUGUUACAGAUGCGAAAGUGACGCCGCUUGCGGUGGUCUGAAAGGAGCCUGCAAUCAGUCAACAAAGACAUGUGAUUGUUUGGCGGGACUCAAGGGAGCUGGUUUCCCGUACUAUGUUGAUGCACUCCAUGGUCUCUGCAACCAGAGGAGCUGCACCGAUAGGGAUCACGUCGAAAAGUGUUUCGGAUUGCCAUGCCACUUUGGCAAAUGCCAAUGCUAG